ACUAGCUUCAAAUUUUCAAGAUAAAGAUCAAAUUCUGAUUCUGAUUUAUUUACUACUUUGAAGUUACCUAAAUCGUAGUCAAUCUGCGCAAUCCAAGUCCAAGAAUGACUUUUCAAUAAGGGAAUAUACAAUUCACAAAAUCUUCAAUCCCUAAUUUUCUGCCUCACCUCUUCUUGAGAAAUUAUCGGGGUUUGAUUCGUCUCAAAUUGCUUCCAUUUUUGAUUCCUAGUAUGGGUUCUGAACUGGUGGAUCGAGAUGGCGAGGCAUUCGUAGAAGUUGACCCUACUGGCCGAUAUGGCCGGUAUAGCGAGCUGCUUGGAUCGGGGGCUGUGAAGAAAGUGUACAGAGCAUUUGACCAAGAAGAAGGGAUUGAGGUGGCUUGGAACCUAGUCAAAUUGAGAAGCUUCCUUGGAGAUGAAGCGAUGAUCAAUCGGUUAUAUUCCGAGGUUCGGCUGCUGAGGACAUUGAAAAACAAGAAUAUUAUCACGUUGUACUCAGUGUGGCAGGAUGAGGAGAAACACACGCUGAAUUUCAUUACCGAGGUGUGUACUUCUGGGAACUUGAGGGAGUACAGGAAGAAGCAUAGGCAUGUGUCGAUGAAGGCGUUGAAGAAAUGGUCUAUGCAAAUCCUCAAGGGAUUGGACUAUUUGCAUACUCAUGAGCCUUGUGUCAUUCAUAGGGAUCUAAAUUGUAGCAAUAUCUUCGUCAAUGGCAAUGUUGGUCAGGUGAAAAUUGGUGAUUUGGGUAUGGCAGCAACCGUUGGCAAGAACCACUCGGCGUAUUCAUUACUUGGGACACCGGAAUUCAUGGCACCAGAAUUAUAUGAUGAGAACUAUACUGAGCUGAUAGAUAUCUAUUCAUUUGGAAUGUGUUUGCUUGAGAUGGUGACUCUUGAAUUACCCUAUAGCGAGUGUGACAACGUUGCCAAGAUAUACAAAAAGGUGACAUCUGGAUUGAGGCCACAAGCCAUGAACAAGAUUAAGGACCCCGAGGUCAAGGAGUUCAUCGAGAAGUGUCUUGCUCAACCUAGGGCUCGACCAUCGGCUGCUGAUCUCCUCAAGGACCCCUUUUUUGAUGGAAUUGAUGACGACGAAAAUAAUGCUGAUAACCACAGCAUUAACUGAUAUCCGAUUGUUUUUAUCUUUUCCUUUUUCUUUUUCCGAUUAACGUUGAAGGGCGUGUUCAAGAUGGGGUUUAGGGACAAUAUAGUUUAUUUUUUCCGAUUUCUUGGCUUGAUAUUGGAUUGAUUUGGGAGGUGUUGUGGUGGUGAUUGAGGCAUUUGCGACAUCAUUUUCUUUUGCCAAAAUAAUUUUAAUUAUAGUAAGAUUGAAUUUUGUGGAUAA